AUGACAGUCUGACCGAAGCGCACUAUCUGCAUAGAAGAAAUACAACAAUUUAUAUUUUUUCUGGGUUUUUGACUUUGCUUUUUCUCCUGUCCGGGGCAAGAUAUAUACUGGAAGUCGAUUACACAGGCUGUAAUUAGUUAACGACAGCAGAAGAAAGACAUUCAUACACAUUUGGGAUGGCAUUAGGUGCAUUUAGAUGUCCAGUAGCACUACUAGAGGACUUCUCUUGGAGCAAAGGUCUUUGAAGAGCUCUAAGGAUAUUCAGCCGGUUUUGUCAGUUUUAGCUGUGAAGCUACCAUGUCACUCACAGAUCAUCACAUCUUUGUUGAACAGCAAAUCUCACACAAAUUCAAAGUGAAAGUGUUGCGAGCUGAAAAUGUCACCAAAGGACCUCUUGGAGACCUGUUGGACACCCCAGACCCAUACGUGGAGCUGUUCAUACCCACUUCCCCUGAGAGCAGGAAGAAAACACGACAUAUUGACAAUGACAUUAAUCCAGAGUGGAAUGAGACCUUUGAAUUCAUCCUAGACCCCAAUCAAGAAAAUGUAUUAAAGGUGACAUUAAUGGAUGCAAACUAUGUUGUGGAUGAAAUGUUGGGUACAGUCUCAUAUGACAUCUCUAAACUCAAAGUUGGACAAACAGAACUUGCAUCGUUCCUUAUAGGAAAAGCAACCAAUGUUUUUUUAGAGAUGUCUUUGGAGGAGUGUUCAGCAACUGACCUUCGAUUCAAUCUGGAUCUGUGUCCUAAAGAAAAGCUGUACAGACAACACCGACGUGACAGGGUCAUGCUGGGCAUUAAGAAAUUGCUGCACAUGGAGAAACCCUCAUUUCUCCCUUUUUCUCCUCAUGAGGUUCCAGUGAUAGCUGUGCUUGGGUCAGGGGGAGGUUUCAGGGCGAUGGUUGGAUUCUCAGGGGUUAUGAAGGCUUUGUACGAGUCUGGAAUUCUAGACUGUGUCACCUAUGUUGCUGGCCUCUCUGGAUCCACAUGGUACAUGUCCAACUUGUACUCCCACCCAGAGUUCCCCACUAAAGGCCCAGAGCAGAUCAACCAGGAGCUGAUGAAUCGUGUCAGCAGUAACCCCCUCAGACUUCUCCAUCCCAAACAUAUCCCAAACUAUGUGCAUGCCUUGUGGAGCAAGAAGGCCACAGGGCAGCCUGUAACCUUCACAGAUAUCUUCGGAAUGUUGAUUGGCGAGACUCUUAUUCCAGCUAGGAUGGACACUAAGUUGAGUGAUUUGCAAGAGAAGAUCAAUGAAGCUCAGGCUCCUCUGCCUUUGUUCACUUGCCUGCAUGUAAAACCGGAUGUCUCUGAGCUUAAGUUUGCAGAUUGGGUGGAGUUCAGUCCAUAUGAGAUCGGAAUGGCUAAAUAUGGAACCUUCAUGACCUCUGACCUUUUCGGAAGCAAGUUCUUCAGAGGAAAUGUGGUCAAGAAAUACGAAGAGAACCCUCUUCACUUCCUUAUGGGUGUGUGGGGCAGUGCCUUCUCCAUACUUUUCAACAGAAUUCUGGGGUUGAAUGAUGUGACGAACUGCAGCACCAUGGAGGAAGAACUAGAACAGAUCAAACCAGAACACAUCGUAGGAGAGGACAGUCUAGACAGUGAUGAGGAUCCACAUAAAGAGGAAGAGUAUCAGGCCAGCUGGAUGCAGCGUAUGGUUAGCUCUCUCCUCGGUGACUCGUCUCUUUUUAACACCCGAGAAGGCAGAGCAGGAAAAGUACACAACUUCAUGCUGGGCUUAAACCUCAGUGAUUAUGUGCCACUUUCCCCUUUCACUGAGACUCUUAGUGCCACAGAGGACGAGGUUGAUGCUGUCACAGACCCAUUCGAGUUUGACCGCAUCUACGAGCCACUGGACGUGAAGAGCAAGAAUAUCCAUGUGGUGGACAGUGGCUUGACCUUUAACCUACCUUAUCCUCUGGUUCUACGACCUCAGAGGGGUGUUGACCUCAUCAUCUCCUUUGACUUUUCUGCACGGCCGAGUGACUCUAGUCCUCCAUUUAAGGAACUUCAGCUAGCUGAGAAAUGGGCACGAAUGAAUAAGCUUCCAUUUCCUAAGAUUGACCCGAAGGUGUUUGAUCGGGAGGGGCUGAAAGAGUGUUAUGUCUUCAAGCCCAAUAAAGGAGAACGAAACUGCCCCACUGUCAUCCAUUUUGUCUUGGUCAAUAUCGACAACAGGACUUUCAAAGCCCCAGGGGUCCCACGAGAGACAGACAAAGAGAGAGAAUUUGCAGACUUUGACAUCUUUGAUGACCCAGAGACACCUUACUCUACCUUCAACUUCCAGUAUUCCAACCAAGCCUUCACCCAGUUGCAUGACCUUAUGGAAUUCAACACACUUAACAACUUAGAGGUCAUCAAAGAAGCGAUAAAGGACAGUAUCUUGUAUAGGAAGGAGAUUCCAUCUCGCUGCUCUGUCUCGCUCUCUCUCAGUGAAGUUCAAAACAAAAAACUCUUAAAGUGGGAGUCCAAAGGACAAGCUUGCCAAUAAGGAGGCGGAGUCCAGCUACAGGAAGUUUGCAGUUGUCAUAUCUCAUCAUGGGAAAACCCUUUUUUUUUUAACUUAGAAAUAACUGUGAAACCAGAUGAUCUGGUUUGGUCCCUUGAACAUUUCCAUCUAGCCUUUUAAAGAAAAAGAGCACAAUUUCCGGAAAUCCCUGGUGACGUAAACCAAGAAAACAGUAGAGAAUGUACAGUCUAAUUGUUAACAUUGAGUUGUGGGUGUGAGAAGUAAUGCCAUAGUUUCAAAGUGGAAGCAAACAAAUAAAUAAUUUAUUUCAAGAUACAUAAUGUCUCUUUAAAGGGAUAGUUCAACCUGUCACCAUUUACUCACCUUUAUGUUGUUCCAAACCUGUAUGACUUUGUCUUUCAUUAAACACAAAAGGGAGAAUGUUAGGGACUGACAGCCUCAGUCACCAUUCACUUUCAUGGAAUGAAAAAAAAAAAAAAAUGCAAUGAAAGUGAUUAGUGAUUCAGACUAACAUUCUGCCUAAAAUCUCCUUUUGUGUUCCACAAAUGUACAUAUCAUAAGGAUUUAGAAGAACAUGAAGGUGAGUAAAUGAAAACAAAAUGUACUAUUCCUUUAAGCUGCUUAUAGAUACUAGUGUGUCUCUCUCAUUAAAGAUAAUUUCCCUCCUGAAGACUUCAAGUAUAAAUGGAACAUUUUCGAUGAAUGUAACCGAAAGAACCUUUGGGCUUUUGGGUGUGUUUGUGUAUGUUUUCAAUGGCAACUGCUAAAACAACAUCAGAUGAGUUGUCUAGCCCCAGUUAACCAUCAGAUUUAGGUUUAUAAGUAAGGGAGUGCCGCAACUAAAGAGCAAAAUCCUGAGGGGCAAAACAAAACAUGAAACCAUGGUAAUCAUCUGCAACCACCACUAUUCUGAGCUGGUUUGUUGAACAGGUGUUAAUAAUGUAUAGCCCACUCUUGUUAUUUUAUUCCUCCAUUGAGAGGCAGAGAUCUCGCUGAGUAAUUUCCCUGAACCUAGAUUGUCUGUUAGUAUCUGAGUGCAAGGGAAGAGAGAGGUGGUUUGCAAGGAAACGUUAGCUAAUCCUGAAGUCAGCAUUGCAAUAAAACUGUGCAUGGUAUUUCAGCACAAAAAACUGCAUCUUAUUCGCUAACCACCUGCAGUCCAGUUUAACCAGGCGCGAAAUGCGUAGCGAGUAUUUAAAUUAAGUCAUUGUCAUUCUUUUCAGCUCAAAUAUGCCUCCUUUCUUUGUAAAUUAGGCUAACUGUAAAUGCGCCUUAUCCACAAAUCUCAGCAUUAUUGACAAUAAUGUAAAGCAGGUGACAAACUGAAUUAUAUUUAAAAGUGCAAAUAAAUGGCCCUAUGAAUUCCUCCCUAAUACUCACUCUAAUAUAUCUGCUGCAUCUGUGGACUGACAAAUUAAUCAGUCCUGUGACUGGUUGUAUUAGAUUUUUUAAUGUAAAGUGUCAUGCUCUGAAGUCUUGUUAUAGUGUGUGUGUGGUUUUUUUGUUUGUUUGUUUUUUACAUUUGUGGACUUAAUACACUAAUGAAUGCUUUAGCUUACCAUGGGAUUUAUUCACCAGGCUAUCAGUAGUUUGUACUUAUUGACUCACACAAAGGAUUAAUGUAGUAUUUAUUAAUAACCAUGAUAAACCACAAAUACCCAUGAUUUGAAAUGAAUUGUUUACACUCCUAGAUAAUAUAUAUAAAGUUGGUUAAUAAAUAAGACUUGAACUAAAUAUGUAAA